AUAGUCUGUGUAUACCAUAGCAGUAUUUUUUGUAUCUGAUUAGUUGUCAUCGUAUAGAAGGUUAUUUUUUUGUUUGUUUUUGUUGUUUUUUUUUUUAUUUAUUUUAAGAGUCGGUCAAUUUUAUUUUAAUUAAAUAUAUCAAAAUCGAUUUUAAUAGAUGCACGUAACACGAACUGUUUUAUUUUAGACAAUAUAUGUGGUUCUCUGUAUAUACAGUACUGCGAUACUGCACUGUAUCCCGUCACCAGAGAAAGCGGACGUUUAAAUGUAUUUUGUAAUUUUACAUUUGAUCUUUAUUGCUAUAAAACAUUCCUAACUCAUUUUAGCUGAGAAACGCGAGGUUUGGAACAGGAUGGCGGAUGAAGCUCUCUUUCAGUUCCUUCAUAACGAACUGAUACAAUAUGUGUACAGGUCAGCUGAACAGGGGGAAAUGGAGAAUGGAAGGUGUAUUACCAGAUUGGAAAACAUGGGUUUCAGAGUUGGACAAGGAUUAAUAGAAAGGUUCACUAAAGACACAGCGCGUUUCAAAGAUGAGUUGGAUGUAAUGAAGUUCAUCUGUAAAGACUUCUGGACCAGUGUUUUUAAAAAGCAAAUUGAUAACUUAAGGACAAACCAUCAGGGUAUUUAUGUGCUUCAGGAUAACAAGUUCAGACUGUUGGCACAGAUGUCUGGAGGGAAGCAGUAUUUAGAACAUGCACCUAAGUAUUUAGCAUUUAGCUGUGGGCUGGUGAGAGGCGGGCUGUCAAACCUCGGGGUCAAGAGUAUCGUGACAGCAGAAGUUUCAGCAAUGCCUGCAUGUAAAUUUCAAAUUAUGAUACAGAAGAUGUAGACUCACACCACUGAAAGAAAACCCAUUGUGUUAUCAAUACCAUGUAAUUUAAUCUCUUAUCAGCUGCCAUUAAUACUGCUGCCAAGUAUUUAUCCACUUGAUUAGUAUCGAAUAAUGUAUACAUAAAUCUGCACCAAAGCUAUUAAAAGGACCAUAA